UCCAUGACAGCCUUGUAAUUGUUGUUGUGUGGUGCUAGCUAUGGAUCUGAAGUGGUGGAUGCUGUUAAAUGAAGUCGACAGAUAAAUAGCAAGCGAAACAGCAAUUGUGUUUCCUCUACAGUAUACCUAUACAAAUAUAAAUGAGUCGUAUGUAGUGUGUUCAGGUACAUUUCUUAUACUGUUCUUCAAGAACGCCGACAACGUUAGAGCUAGCUAACUAACUGGCUAACAAGCUAACGUAUUAACGUUUUAAUCUCAAUACUUUCUUUCCAAGGAGUGACCACUAACUAUAGUAUUAGCUAGCGAGCUACGCCUAGCUGGCUACUUAAAGCAACACAACAACGACGCCUGUGUAGCUACGUCCUGGCUCAUAUAUGAUACCAAUCUGCAGCCGAGAGGACAUGCCUAGCCUCUGUCAAAAGCGUCAGCGGGGCAUGGAAUCAACAAGGACGGUGAGAGCGGAGGGCUUCAGCCGAUGAAAAACGGAGAAAAGGAUAAUGAUUUCACGAUACUCAAGGCGGCCCGUAUCGCACAAUUUAGAGAUCCGUGGUCUGUCCCGGAGCAGUCUAGACCACCACCCCCUCCCAGAAGAGGCAGAUGAUGACCUGGUCCACCCCCCGCCUCUCCUGCAUGACCUCAGAGAAGCUGUGUCUGCCUACGACAGCUCGGAGACGUCUGCGGCGUCUGGCCAAUCGGACUGUCCCACGGUCACCACGGGAGACACCACCCGCUCCUGGUCAGGGAUCCACAGCUACGCAGGAACAGGGAUCUCUACUGAGAGGAGCUCCGUCUUCUCAUGGGGAUACGAUGAGUUUGACAAGGCGGCGUCGCGGCAGGUGCAGCAGAUGUUUGAGGAGAUUGAUGAGGAGCUGUAUGAGGGGCGGGGGGGCGGGCUGCAUCUCCGGGGGCUCCAGGAAGAGUGUCAGCAGUGGGCCUCCCGCUUCCCCCACCUACGGAUUCUGGGAACUCAGCUGGUGUGUCCCAGCGAUGAGGGCUUCCAGUGGUUCUCUACCUCAGGGAGGGCCUCCACAGCCAGCCCCGGCCUCGCGCCAUCUCUGGCCCCAGCUGCAGGCAAGGAGGGCAGGCCCCAGGAUAAGGACAAGCAGGACACGGAGCUGUGUGUUCAGGGCAGGAGGGCAGUGUUUUCCGAGCCCUGUGUGGUGGAGAUAGAACCCCCUCCUAUUGGCUGUGAGGUUGAUGACAGACCCCAGGUGAUCGAGGCCGAGGGGCUGAUGGAGGAGUACCUGGCGUACGACUCCAGAGACCUGGACGAGGAGCGGGAUAGCGGGUGCCCGGACACGGGCCGCCGGCGCCCCUGCCUCCCCCCGGUGUCUCCCUACCGCUGCCGGCGGCAGGCCGUGCUGGACCUGCUGUUUGACGACGUGUGGCGCGAGCUGAUUGGCUGGAUGGAGGAGCUGGUGCGUCGUCAUUGGGAGGGCUGUGUCUCAGAUGAUGAAAAGACGUCGGUCAGCUUCAGCCUGGCCCAGCCAGACUCCCAGAACCCCUUCCUGCUGCUGUCCAGCGCCCUGCCCACCAUGCUGCCUCGCCUGGGACAGGCCCGGCCGCCCCACCUCACUGCCAGCCUGCAGCAACAGUCCAGCAGAGUACCAGUCGGGGCGACAGUGACACACCACAACCUGAACGACCUCAUUGUGAUCCAUGGGAUCCCCCUGCAGCAAAGGACACUGGGAGUUCUUGACAGGAAUCUGGACCCAGAGGAGAAGGUGUCCCAGCGGCCUGGCUCCAGCGUUGUCCCCUCCAGCAAGCCCCGCCCACGCCGGGCGCUGGAGCAGAGCUCCUCCUCUCUGUCCCGCCCCCCCCAGUCGGCACGGCGCAGGAACCCCCCCCCCCGCACCCUUCUGCCCCUGGCCCCCAGUCUCACCCAGCCCAGCGCCACAGGCUCCAUGGAUGAGGUCAUCCGCGGGACUCGCCUACCCACAGCCAGUGACCGCCUGACCUCUCCCCCCAUGCCUCUGAGCAGAAACACCUUGCUCCCCCCUAUCGGAACAGGAGAUGCCGAGAACACACACGCACUACAGCACUCCAGACAUCUACAGCGUCAGAGAGGGUCGUCCAGUCGGGCCCACAGCGCAGUGACAGAGGAAGCAAGCAGUUUGAUUCCUCGUGAUCGCCAUCAUCUUCUGGAUGUGUUCUCACGGCCCAACACCACACACACCUACAGGUCAGACACCCCGUACCGGCGCUCCUUCACCGUGCUGGACAACAUCGGAAGGCCUGGCCGGGCGUCCGUGGCCACAGACUCUCUGGGCAUCGGUGUGACAGGCAUCAGCCUGGGCAUCGGAAGCUCCUCCUUCCUGGACUCCUUCAUCCAUCACCCGCUUGGACACUCCCCCAUCGAGGAUGAGGAGGAACCUCAGGCACAGGCCCCGCCCACAGUCCUGCUGGUGCCGGUGUCGGCCCCAGCCCGCACCUACAGCAGAGGGGGAAUCACAUCUCGGAGUAGCAAACCUGGCUUGUAGCUCCCCUAGACCCCCCCCUCCCACCUCCCCCCAGACCCUCCCACCUCCCCCCAGACCCUCCCACCUCCCCCCACACCCUCCCACCUCCCCCCAGACCCUCCCACCUCCCCCCA